AAUAAGACACAUGAAGGCCCAAAAAUCUCAACCUGUCCCAAUUCUAAUUUCUCCUAUGUAGAACCCUAAAAUUCCCCACUUGUUCGUCAACUCAAAGUCCUCGGGUUUCACAACGCAAUGAAGAUCCAGAAACAGCAUCAAGGAACCUCCGACAAUAUUAACAAACCUUCCUCCUCUUCUACCUCCUCCUCUUCCUCUUCUUCUUUUGCUCUGUCUCCCAGCAAGCGCCUCCUCUCUGGCUCCCCCAAGCCAAAUAACGCCCCGGCCCCUUGCCGAAGCCGAAGCAGAAGCCGAAGCCCCACGAUCUCCGAUCAUCCUCACCCGGCCCUAAAGAAAACCAGGGACCUACCCAAUCUGUCCCAAUGCCACGCCUGUGGCUUCAGAACCGACACGGGUAAUGGUAAGCAAAGACUCCAAACCCUAUACAGCGAAUGGCGCAUCGUUCUUCUUUGCAAGAAAUGUGCGGUCCGCGUGGAAUCCUCCGAAAUGUGUUCCUAUUGUUUCCAAGAAACCUUGGCUGCCGAGUGUUUCUGUUGCGGCGAAUGCAACCGACGCGUUCAUAGAGAUUGUUUUAAAAAAUAUCGAACCGUGGCGCCGUGGUCAUAUUCGUGUUCCGGCGAGGAGUUUUCGGUUUGUGUGGACUGUUGGGUGCCCAGGCCGAUAGCUUUGUCCAGAGCGCUUUUUGGGGGUAGGAAGAUUAGGAGGAGGGACAGGAGUGGUGGGAAAGCGAGAGAUUCUAGGAUUCUGGAUGGUGCGAAGUCGUUGAAAGAUGUGGCGGAGAAUGCAAAUUGCGUGGCUAAGAAGAAGAUUGAAGAGGCUGCUAAGGCUAGAGUGGAGGCCGUGAGGAAAGCAGUAGUGGCGAGGAGGGCGGUAGAGUUGGCGACUAAUGCUCUGGAUUUUGUCGCCAGUAGAGAUGAGAAUGGGGAGAAGGUGCAGACUGUUGAUGAUGCGGAACUGGCGUUUCAGUUGCACCGGGCGAUGAAUAGCUCGCCUAGGAUUUCAAGGAACUUAUGGGAGAACAAGGGUGAUUCGUUGGUUGGAGGGUCAUGCUUGGGGUAUCCUAAUGUUUGUGGGAAGCUUGAACCUGAUAGAAGUGUUUUGGAACCUGUGGUAUGUGCCGGGUCUUUGGACGGUGGUUCUUCCAUGAAUGUCAAUUGUCUAAAGUCAGUUGGAAAGAUUGAGACGAGUGGUGUCAAGGACGGUGAAUGCCAAAUGAGGUGUGACUCUGAGUUUGGAAUUCUGGGUGUGCGAUUGGAGGGAGAGGGGAGCUGUUCCAUUAAGUUGUCAAACUCAAAUGGAGAUGAUAAUAGUAUGGACUCUGCAAACCGAUCUUCUCAUCAACAACACAAACCGACUAUGCCCAAGGAUAAACGAUACAAUGGAGAGCCUGAUAGAUAUCCGUUAAAGUAUUGUAGGAGAAACCGGAAAUAAAAAGCAAUCUCUUGUGAUGGUUCUUCAGGCCUGGGCUGCUGGACUGCUUAUAAGUUGCUCCUAGUCAAGGACAAUCUCCGCUACAUUUCAGUGCUGUGCUGUUCUUCAAGCUUCUGGUUGUGGGAGUAGAUCAUUUCGAGGCCAGUCCGGAAGUCAAUAGCCGAAUUCUUUCUGCCCUAUUGGAUUUUUGCUCUUGCAGUACGUGUCAACCUCUGAACUUUUGAUUGCAUGAAGAGAGAGAGAGAGAGAGAGUUGUGGAAUAGGAGAGCUGAUAUUUGAGAACUCACAUCGUGGAGUGGCAUGAUUUCUCUUGGUUGUCACGCCGUAUGAAAUUGGAAUUUGAAGAGACCUGUACAAGGAACCGAAAGUUUGGUCAUCCUAAAACACUUUCAUACAGGAGAUGGUUAAUCGAAAUUUUUUGAAUAGUGGGUGGGCCUUACAGGGGCUAAGAGGCAUGUUAUUGUUACACGAUAAUGGGUUUGUGGUCAUGUUCCUGGAUUACGAAACUCCAGGCUACUCAAAUUUAAGGUGCACGCCCAGACUAAAACUAGACUUAAAUCAGUAAGCUGGUAUGGUUAGCUAAUAUCUUUUCUUUGCUUUCUUUUCAUCAUUAUAGUGACUAGCCAAUUGCUUCCGUGUAUACACACCAAUUUUUGUAUAUUUUAGAUGGGAAAAAAUUUAUAUAUCAUCCUUCUUUACAAACAGGAAACUAAUACGAAGAGCAAAACGGCAAGUGCAGAUGGUUGAUGAAGAACGCUGUCAAAUGUUGGAGGCAUGGGGUCUUGCUCGUGAAUCUGCACUACUUUCAUUUCAUCAGGAUUCUCCCGAAACAGCAUCAGUGAAGCAUGAGGUUUUACACAAGAGUCGAAGACUUGUAGUGCAUUUUGUUAGGUAAAAAAACGAUGCUAUAUAUCAUUGAAUAAAACGAUUCCUUCCAGAAUA